GAUCCUACGUGCAGUGGAGUCCACCAUGAAUUCGGCCCCCGCCCUCACACCAACGCGGGCGUGAGAAAUCAGCGGAAGCCUUCGGCCCCCACCCGCAACUAAACGUGGCCGUGGAAACCAGCGAAAGAGUCGCAGAAGAGUCGUUCUCCCCCUUCGAAUCUUCCCCUAUUUUCUCUCAUCCAUUACCAUUAUUUUACUCAACCUUUCGCCUCCAUUUCCGUUCCUGCAAGCUUCAUAAAAACUCAUCAUGUCUUUCUCUUUCCUCUCGAUUUGAUUGAUGGUGUCUUCGGGAUCGGAAUACUAAGGGGCGAGAUGCAGCGGAAGGAGAUGCAUCCGCUGUGCUGCAUCUCGAUUGACUGCCCUGGGAUUGGCGACAGAUCGCCGGACCCGCCUGAGUGGGAACCAUCUUCUGAAGAGCGGGGUGGGCCGGAGGGCAAUGCCGGCGGGGAAGGAGAAUCGGAUGUCAGCGUUGCUGGCGUUCUCUACAAGUGGACUAACUUUGGCAAGGGCUGGCGAUCGCGAUGGUUUACGCUUAGGAACGGUGUACUCUCCUACUCAAAGAUCUGUCGGCGGGAGGAUCGGUUCUACGUCAGCGGUCAAGUGCGGAUAAUCGGUGCCGCGUCCGCACGGCUUUCGCGCUCGAUGGAGGACGGCGCCGUGGGGAGGAGGCUGAAGAAUCCGGUCGGUGUUGUUUAUCUCAAGAUUGCAUCUUUUCGGGAAAGCAAGUCUGAUGAUAGGCGAUUCUAUAUUUUUUCUCCAACAAAAACUCUUCAGUUGAAAACUAAUUCAAAGGAAGAUCGUCAGGCCUGGAUUAAAGCUUUGAUUUUGGCUAGGAAUAAAUUAUCCUUACCAGAAAAUCUAUCUUUAUUUCGAAAUAAUAUAUCUUUUUCAACUGAAAAUCUUAAAGCACGUUUGCGUGAAGCCGGAAUCAAUGAAGGACUCAUCAAUGAUUGUGAACUAAUUAUGCAAACAGAAUUCUCUGAAUUUUAUAGACAGUUGAAGCUACAUUAUGAGGAGCAUUUAGACUUUAUUGGCUCAUUUCAUCAACAAUUGGAGGGGGUCAAUGUGGACGAUGACACUAGAAUGAUAAAUGAUGAAUCACUGCAGUUAAUGAAGCAUGAAUUUUCGAGCUCUGGGCAUGGAAAGUUUAGUGAGUACAGUACCACAGAAUCAUCAGAUGAUGUUGAAAAGCAAGAACUUGAAGAACUUUCUGAUGAAGAACCUUGUUUUUUUGAUACGAAGGAAUGUUUCAAUGAAUUGGGUGUUGUGAUAGUACCAGAUCUUGCUGAUGUGAUUUGCAGCAGAAAAGAUCACUCUGCUGGUAGUGAUAUGAUGAUCCAUAAUGAAGCAGACUCUAAGUAUUAUUGUCAGUUUCCACAUGUUGAAAGGCGCAAGAAGAUGCCAGAUCCUGUUGAGAAAGAAAAGGGUGUAAGCCUUUGGUCUAUGAUCAAAGGCAAUGUUGGUAAAGAUCUCACACGAGUAUGCCUUCCUGUUUACUUCAACGAACCAUUAUCAUCACUACAGAAAUGCUUUGAGGAUUUGGAGUACUCGCACCUUUUGGAUAAAGCUUAUGCAUACGGAAAAAUGGGAAACAGUCUCAUGAGAAUUCUGAAUGUAGUUGCCUUUGCUGUCUCUGGAUAUGCCUCUUCUGAUGGUCGACUUUGUAAACCAUUCAAUCCUUUGUUAGGAGAAACAUAUGAAGCUGAUUUUCCUGAAAAAGGAGUUCGCUUUAUAUCAGAGAAGGUUAGCCAUCACCCCAUGCUGGUUGCCUGCCAUUGCGAAGGGAAUGGGUGGAAAUUCUGGGGUGACAGUAAUCUCAAGAGUAAAUUUUGGGGGCAGUCGAUCCAGCUGGAUCCUGUAGGUGUUUUAACCCUUGAAUUUGAUGAUGGUGAAGUCUUUCAGUGGAGUAAGGUCACAACAACUAUUUACAAUCUCAUUCUUGGUAAAGUAUACUGUGAUCACCAUGGAACAAUGAACAUUCAUGGGAACCGCCAAUACUCGUGUAAACUCAAAUUCAAAGACCACACACUCCUGAACCAAAACCCUAGGCAGGUGCAAGGAUUUGUUGAGGAUGGAACGGGAGUUAAAGUUGCUACAUUGCUGGGUAAAUGGGAUGAUUAUAUGUAUUACAUUAAUGGAUAUGAUGCUUCUAAGAUCAAGUUUCCUGUUGCACCCGGUGAUGCAUCCUUAUUAUGGAAAAAAAAUGAUUCUCCUGCAAACCCUACUCGGUAUAACUUGACAUCAUUUGCAAUUACACUAAAUGAAUUAACACCUGGAUUGCUGGAGAGACUCCCACCUACUGAUUCAAGACUAAGGCCAGACCAGCGUUAUCUAGAAAAUGGAGAAUAUGAGAAGGCAAAUGAAGAAAAACUGCGCCUAGAGAAGAGGCAACGAAUGUCAACGAAACUUCAAGAGGAUGGAUGGAAGCCAAGGUGGUUCAAGAGGGAGAAUGAGGAGGGAACUUACCGUUAUGUUGGAGGAUACUGGGAAGCUAGGGAGCUGAACAAGUGGGAUGAAUGCCCGAAUAUAUUUGGUGAAUCAUCAAACUCCAAGGACAAGCUCUGAAAUCUCCUAUGAUUGGAUUGAACUUGGGCAGAGGAAUUGCAUGAAAUUUGUUGUCUUAUGUAAUUUUUCUAAUUUUUUUUUUUUUAAAUUGCCUUUGAGUUAUCAAGCCCAUUGUUAAAUAGGGCAUAUUGUAUGCACAGUAUAAAGGUAGUU